AUGAGAUCAAUUCAUAGGCAAAUCAUUCUUUUUGCAGUAUUUUUUACAUGCAUAAUCUAUAAUAGCUGGGUAUGUUGUGACGGCGCUGUGUAUUCGCAGGCUGAAUACGAUAAAUUGCUCGAUAGAAUCAGAUCCUUAGAGAUGGAACUUGAGAAACUUCAUUUAAAUCUAGAAAUCUGCAAUAUGCGACUUUCAAGUGUUGUAGAUCAUGCUGCAGCUAAUGGAAGUGUUGGUAAAGCUAGAGGCAAAAUUGCUGUAAGUUCUACACAAACCACGAACACAUAUCUAUCCAUAAUGUUUAACAUAUUGAAGAUCAUAUAUAGAACUCCAUUUAUGACACUAAGGAAACGAUCCCCUUCAUAUUGUGAAUUAGAGUCUCUGUUUGGAUUUAUCUUUUUGAGGUUAUUGCCCAAAUUCUUACUCCACAAAGCGCAGCUCAUAUUGAAAUUGAUUUCAAAACUUAUCGCAUUUAUCGCACUAGUAAUCGACGCAACACUCAUCGAAAUCUUUCAGAAUUUUCAGGCCGCUCUCAAUUUGUAUUUGAAUGAUGCGCUCAGAAAGUUUUACAACUUUAGUUAUUUGAGCAAUCUUUAUAUUUGUAUGGAUUUGACCAAAUUGAGUGAGUGUUGUUUUGAUGCUAAUUCUAAGUUAACCAUCGCACUUAAAACAAAAGUAAUUUGCCCAGGAUUUCUCACUCCCAAUCAAAAAAUCAACGGAUCCACAAUGCACAAACUGUUACAAACAAUUAAGUCAAUGAGGGAUCAUUUUAAAUGGGUUUUUUACAAAUGGAAUGAAUUGGCUAUGGUUAAGUGGCGAUUAAUUUUGAUGCUUAUUGACAUUUCAAUUGAGUACUUUAUCUAUAUAACGAUCUGCACUAUCUAUCUGAUGAUAUUUUCAGUCAAGUACUUAAUCGAAUCCGUCUCGCGAGUAUUAUCAUGUGACACAAAUUUAUUUGAGAUUUACCAUAACUUAAGGUCAUGGAUUUCGAAUUUUCACAUAGAAAAAUUCAUUAUACACUGCACUCAAAAUAUCGUAGUGCAUAAUUUGGUUGUAAAAUGGCUUGAAAGAGCACUGGAUACGUUGUUCAAAAUGGGUAUGGAAGCAAACCCAGAAUUCGCUUUAAUCGCCCCGGAAUGCAUAAAUGAUCGUAUAAUCCUAGUUAUAUCGUUUAUGGCACUCACUUAUGGAAUACUUAACUACUCAAUUAAGUUUGUUAAGUCGUUGUACAAAUUUGUGUCUGAUGUAUUAAUGGGUAAAGUGUCAUUCUUCAAUACUAAACCUUUGAAGCUGAAAUAUCGCAAUUUUUACCGUAACAAAUUACCAAUACUACCGACAAAUUUACAUGGAUUGCCUAGGAGGAAAUACGUUCAAAGUUCGCUAACAAUUAAACAAGAUUGA